AUGGAAUAUGUACACGAAUACGCCAGGGGUGACCGUCACCUGCAUCGCGAGAUGCGCGAGAAGGUUCCCAUGCGCGACACAUUCUUUGGCCUGAAGAGCGAGCCUCAAAGGCCAAGUUCAGUAGCAACCGAGUUCAUGGAUAUGGAAUGGGACGAUGAAGUGCUCAGCGAACUUGAAGACAACUCUCCGCGUAUAAGUGUCAACUCGUCGAGUGGUCAACCCAGUAUUACUACUCUUUCGUCUUACGAUGAAAUCCCAACACCGAGGUCAAGCCAGGGUCGGGUGGCGUACCCCGAUAUCCAGUCACUAAACAAGCCGAUCGAGGGACCGUCGGGACCGCAUCUGUUUCGCUCUUCUGCGGAGAGCUAUUUCGACGAGGCCAUCUUGACUCUGUCUCCUGUCACUCCAAAGACAGCACGACCAUUUGACGACUUCAAAUACACGAAGCUGCCGCCACCGCCGGUACCAAGACAACAAAAUGGUCCUUUUCAAUUUACCUAUGAAGAGUUUCAGUCGAGAGAGCUUGUCUCGUGGACCCCUGAGAUGGUGGCGCAGUCGAUGCUUAAUGCUGGCAUUGAGCUCUCAGUCGCUGGCCGUUUCGUGGAAAACGACAUCAACGGACCCAUCCUCAUCACUUUAAAGUUUGAGGAUCUUAAGGAGUUGGACAUCCCGUCAUUUGGCAUGAGGACAAGAGUGUGGAACCAAAUCCAGCUUCUGCGCGACAGCAGGCCGAGCUCUCCUCGCGCUCCGACGCCCAUUCAAGAUGAACCGAGUCGCGAAGUCAAGAAGGAGGCCCGCGAGAUCAGGACGGCAGAGCGUCAGACAGACGAGUGCAGCCUCAAGCCAAGAAAGAGCAGCAGGAGGAGGCAAAAGAAGGCGUCCCACGACGACAUCAUCACCCCCAUGGAGUCUGUGUCGAUUGUCGGCAUCGAGCAAGUGGUUCCCAAGCCUCAUCACUGCCCGAAAGGAGAGGACUGCUCCCGUUUCAAAAAACAGCAACGUCUCAUCGCGGCGUUCAGAAAAGAGCAUCCCUUCGUCGAUAUGGAGAAGGAGACGGUGGUCAUCACUGGCAACCCCGGCAACCCAGAGACCGCCAGAGCUUUGACUCCCAAGGAGAUUCUUCGACCCAUCUCAGACUCGGGCCCGUCAGUCGUCGCAUCUUCUGACGUCCUGGGUCCCGGCAACGCCACACCGUUGCAGUACCUGCAGGAGGCCACUCUGCGAAACGUCACCUCAAGGGAUCCUCAGGAUAACGUCCGUCAGUUCCUUGAUUUCCAGAGACGCCAGAGCAACAGCGUCCCUCCUACUCCUCCCUUUGAGAUGGGCGCUCCUGCUAUGAAGCCUCAGCCUGAUGGUCUUCGCAAGCUGCCGAAGCUGUCCAUCCCGGGCAAGCAGGCUCCUGUCCGUCCCAGCAACCUCAGGGCAUCCACGGUGCCGCCCGUCACUCAGCCAAUCGACAGAGUGAUGUCUCCUCAGCAGCAGCAACAAAGCUUUGUCCCGUAUGUCAUGGACCGAGCUGAAGCCAUGUCGCCAGACUUGCAGAGCCCCGUCAACCCUUACCGUUUUGGUACGCCCUUCUCCGAGAUGGACGUCCCCGUCACUGCCAUCCCUAUGGACCGUGUCGCUCGCGACAUCUCCCAGUCCGUUCCCCCUGAGAUGAACUACCGCGCAGGCACGCAGAAGCAGCAGCCCCUCGUCCGCACGCAGUCGCGCGCCUCUGCCCGCCGUCCCUCGUUCCCUGUCCUACCUGCCCUCGACGAGAACAAUGCUACUCCUGUCGCUCGUACUUCUCCCAGGCACUCUUCUCCUCGUUCUCCCCGUUCAUCCACCCGCACUCAGCCUCUUCAAGCUCCUCCCCGCGUCAACUACCCCUGGUCGCCCGUUGAGCGUACCCACCCCUUUGAGCAAGCCAUCCCGCCCAUCUCUCACCUUGCGGGCGCCAUUCCUGUCAAGCAAGCCGUCGAGGAGGCUCAACGUGACGGUGUCACCUUCCAGGGUCCCAUGAAGAAGCGCAAGACAAAGAUGCUUCGUCACGAAUGGAACGAUACCUUCUGCACCCUCAAGGGUACCCGUUUGGCCGUUCACAAGGACGAGCGCACCGUCGACCGCACUCUUGAGUACGUCGACAUUGACGACUACGCCAUUGCGUGCUCCAGCCUGGCUUCGCAGAGCAAGCUCUCCGCCGCCUUCCGCGCAGUACACUUCUCCUCUCACUCGCGCGAGAAGAGCGACCCCGUCGCUGCCUUCAGCUUCCAGCUUAUCCCCCAAGACAAGAACGCCGCCAAGCUGCGUAAGCGCGAGAGCGCCCUGAACGGGUUCACCCACCACCACUCCAACUCGACCUCGUCUGUCCCUGCCGAGGGUGCCAACGGCACUGGUAAGACUCACCACUUCGCCGUCAAGAGCCGUGACGAGCGCAUCGACUGGAUGCGCGAGUUGAUGCUUGCCAAGGCCAUGAGACAGAAGGGUGAUGGUUUCGAGGUCAGCGUCAACGGCAACAUGAUCUAA